UUCAGGUCCUGAAACAGCUCAGGUGGGAAAUUCAUUCCCUUCUGCGCAAAGGAGGAGACAGCGAGCCUGCCCCACCGAGCACCCCCACCCAAAUCCUCUCAGCUCCAGGAGGACGUUAGAGACGCAGCAACAUCGAGGCGAGGUACUCGGUCUGUUCCACCUGCCGCUCGGGGCCCCACCCCAGGGUUGCUCAGGCGUCCCCACCCCGGGGGUGCUCAGGCCUUAGGCACCAUGGGGAAACUCGGAUGAUUAUCAUUCCCUAGAGAGAAAGUGCCACGGGCGGGGAUGUCUGGGCGUCCCCCCUAGCGCGAGCUGGGUGAUGGUGCAUCCAAGUCCACUCGACCCCGGGGCGGGAGGAGAGAGCUCUGCUCCCCGAACUCCAGGACCGAACGCCUCGGAGUGUCCCUGGAGGCAGAGCCACCGGGGGGCGCGGGCCGAAUGCAGGUUGGGCGGACCAGAGAGAGAGCACAGUGGAGACGCCGGUGAGAGGAUCCAGCAGAAAGGAGGGUGGGGGCCGUGCGGAACGCGCCACCCGAGGCGAAAGUCCGACCCACUCCAAACUUUCGCAGACGCGGGGGCCUAGCAGGGGAGCGCCCGGCCGAAGCAGCAGCCUGUCCCGCCGCCCAAGCUGCAGCCAGGAGGGGCCGCAGCGGCACGGGCUGGGCACCGGCGGUCCCCGCGUCGCGCCCCCUCGCCGGGCACCGAGCGGGCGUCCACGGAAGAAGCCAGACCGCCAGGCUCCGGCCUGCGCGCGGGCCCCGAGGAAGCGAGAUCCAGCGCGGGCUGGGAAGGAGAAGGGAGACCGGAGCGCGCAGCCUCGCCCGCCCGGCUGGGCGCGGGGACGUGCCCUGGGGCGGCCCGCGGGCGCGACGCGGGAGUCCGGGAGGCUCGGGAGGAAGUGAGCGCAGAGAUUCCCGCGGGCCAAAGAAAUCGGAUUAAAGAGAAAUGCAGACAGCAACCCGAGGCAGCCGCGGGAACCCGGCAGCUUAGCAGCCGCCCUCUCCCCAGCAGGAGGACGCCAGUGCCUCGCGCUCCGAAGACCAGGCGCUCCCGGCGGCCGCGGGUCUGCGCGCGGAGCCGCUUCCCCCGCGCGGGGCGCGCGCUCGGACGCCCCCGGCGGCGGCCGGAGACCGAGAUGCGGCGCGCGGCCCCGGGACCCUCCCGGCCGCGGUGACUCCGCGGCGACCCCGCGCCCCGCUGACCCGCGGGUCCGAGGGGUGCGCCCGGCCCGCCCGCCUCCGCCCCUCCCGCGCCCGGCGCGCCCCUCCCCGCGGCGGCGGCGCGUCGGGGGCGGCGCGGAGCGGCUCCCCGGCCCCGGUGCUGCGGGCUCAGGCUGCUCCGGGAAUUCACUUGGCCGCGUUCUCGCUGCUCCCCCUCGGGCUUCUUCUGAUGGCUGUCUGUCUCCGGCCCUGUCCUUUCCAUUAAGAGGAAAACUUUACCGCCAUUUCCUUUCCCCUUGGAGGAGAGGAUCAAAAGUUCCAGACCUGGUGCCGCCCGUGCCGCUCGGGCGCCGGGAGGGUGCUCGCCGGCGGGUUCCCGUCCCACCAUGGGCACCAACAUCGUUUACGAGUGGCUGAGGGCGCUGCAGCUCCCGCAGUACGCGGAGUCCUUCGUGGACAACGGCUACGACGACCUGGAGGUGUGCAAGCAGAUCGGGGACCCGGACCUGGACGCCAUCGGGGUGCGGGCGCCCGCGCACCGCCGCCGCGUCCUGGAGGCCGUGCGCCGGCUGCGGGAGCAGGACGCCGCCGCCGCGGGCCUCUACUUCACCCUGGAGCCGCCGCCGCCCGCGGGCGCCGUCCCCGCCGGCCGCCGGGGGGAGCCGUGCGGGGACCCGCGCAGCCAGGCGCCCGCCCCCCGCGGCAGGGAGCUGGUGAGCUACCCCAAGCUGAAGCUGAAGAUCAUGAUCAGGGACAAGCUGGUCCGCGACGGCAUCCACCUGAGCAAGCCCCCGUUCUCCCGCAAGGUCCCCAUGGCUGGCAUCCUAGAGUAUUUAAUGAAUUGGCCGAAGUCAUCACAGAGCCGCUAGAUCUCAUGGUUGAGAACUCGUGGAGGACUGAUGAGGGGCCUGAAGACUGGAAAAGGGCACAUUUAGACCUUCUUUCACAAAGGGAAAUGGAUGAUGACCCUGGAAAUACUCAUCAGCAUAACUUUUUGCUUGGAAAAUUCUGGAAUAAUCAACUUAGUGCACUGGGUAACUAACUUAUAAGAGCUAGAAAAUAAGGCAGUGAAAUAUCACCCAUAAAGAAGUACUGGGUUCAUUUUUAAAAGACACACCAUUGUGAGAUACAGUCUUAUGCGUAUUUUGGGAUUCUCCUCUCCAUUCUAUGAAUUCUUGAUGGAAAUAAAUGAGGUUGGCUAAGGCGUUUGGGUAAUAACUAAUUUUAAGUGCAGUAUAGCAUCAGGUAGUAAUUACAUCAUUUCCUAAUUAGCUUUAAACUUGAGAAUAGUAGCUUUAAUUUUGUAUUUUAACAUACAUCUUUUUUCACUUCAUAUAGGACCACGUUUUCGUAGGUUGAGAUAUUUUAUAUAAUUCUAUGUAGAAUAAUUUGGUGAGGGAAUUCUUAUUUUAAGGUGCUUUAUAUAGUAAUGUCAUAUAUAGGUACAAUCAUAAAGCUGAUGAAUCAAGGAAUAUCACAAGGGAAGAAAAUUUUUUCCAACUUCUCUCUUUAAAUUUAAUCUGACUGAAGGUUAGUGUUGGGACCAAUAAGAGUGUCUUGCCAUGACAUUGAGCAAGAGCCAGCUAUGUGACCGGAUAGCUAGUUUUCCUGUCUUCCUGGAGACUGCUACGGCCAGCGUGGUGCCUCAUUCCACCUCGCUCCCCAGGUUUCUGACUUCAGGCCUGUGGGAGCAGGGAGGUGGGCGAUGACAGGGGGCAUUAAGAGCCCUAAAUAACCACAGCCAAGAAGGAGAGUACAACAAGGUGGGAAGAGGAAAUUAAGACGAAUCUGGAGUUUUCCUAAUUCCUAGUGUUCUUGCCUUCGGAUGUUGGUAGUUUUAUUUUCUGCUUAGAAAAUGCAACCACGUUGUUGGGACCAAAAACUUAGUUGAAAGGAGAUCAUCAAAGAAGAUGCAGAUAUUCAACAAGCUCCUGGGGCAGGCAGCCUCUGAGAGCCGCAGAGCAGGACGCUAUGACAGAAUCUUCCCUGCACUUCUUAGAAGUUCACAGAGAUGUCUAAGUUUUACACCAGCAUUGUGAUGCUCAAGAGUAGGAAACUCUCAAAGGAACAGAAAUUUACAUUCAUUUCUUCCUGGUACAUACACUGGUCCCCAGGAAUGGGGAGGCAGUUAAGCUUCUCAAGGGCGAUUUUAUCCCAACACUGCUUUAAAAAUCUAAGGUUCACAUAGUUUAGCUACUUCUAGAGAUGAAUUUGGACACUGGGUAAAAUCAGUCUCAUUCUUAAAAACAAAUGCAAGAAAAUUAAGCUCUAAAAGCAUGUACAAGUUCUUUAACUUAUACGUAGCUUGCAGUUUUGUAAGGGUUAUUCCCCAAUCAACCUUUCAUCAUUGUUUUUCCAAGUGGACUAGUGUCUUUAAAAUUUUCAAGCUAAGUUUUUUUUAAGGAAUGGGGCGUCUCUAUGGAUUACAGAUACAAUUUAUUGACAAUAAACGGCUUCUGGUUCGAGACCUCAUUUCCCGGUGCAGGAUCUGAGGCAGAUUUAUUUCACAGAUGUCCAUUCACAUGCAUUUGUUGAACUGUUGCUAGAAAGGACUCCGUUUCUGGAAAAUCUAUUAUUUUCACCGUGGGCUUAUGAUGUAAUCUCCUGCAACCAACCAGGGGACCCUUUGGUCAUUUCAAGCUUUAGUUUCAAUUUGUGAAAUAUCUAACUUUGAUUUUCUUGCCAAAUUUGUCUUCUCUUUGUGUCGGCUAUUGGAGUUUGAAAAGAACAGUUUUCUACCUAAAUUAAGAGUCACAAUCUAGAACGGUGAAAUAGCCAAGGGAUUUUAAAGACUUCUUACCUAAAGCUAGAGGCAGAAAACCUUAAAAUAAGCAGAGAAGUAUAAAGGAAGUCCAUUAAUUCCUUUGCGUUCAAUCAAGAUGAGGUAGGAGUUGAAAUAUAAGAAAAGGAAGUAGUCUUACC